GUCUCGACAGAGUUCAACACUAAUACUAAAUUUACAACGCGUACGCGUCCAACAUCGGUUUUCUGUUUCAUAUGUCCAAAAUCGCACCGGGAUUGAACAACACUCGCAAGAAGUGCAUGUGCAGCUUGGUAUAUAGCAUCUCUGCGGUAUAUAGUUUCUUUGCGUUGAUUGGGAGAGUCAUUUUUUUCUGCGCUAUUUGUCUGGUUUCGUUCUAAAGAUAGAGGAAAAGGGAAGGCUACAAUCUAUCAAAUCAUGGACGUCGACGAUCUUUUCGGUGGCCCUUCUGUGCCGCCAAGCAGCAGCGCUUUCACCCACCGAUCCCAGCACCGUCAGGAAGACUGGUUGGCUUCAGCGUCUACGACAUCCUCAUCUACUUUUGGAAAUUAUGGUGGAAAUUCUGGUGCUAGCACCACUGCUUCGUCCGUCUCCAAUAACCGCAACAACUUCGAUGACGACUGGCUCUUUGGCUCUCUUGAUAGGCCAAACGAUAGAAAGAAGGUGACCAGUAAAGAGCAAACGCCAGCAUCGAAUAAGCAUGUUAAUCGAGGAGGAGGCGUCAAUCAGGAAGACGACCUAUUCGGCAGUGAUCCUUUCUCCUUGCGACCUCCUAUAACACCAGACGUCGCUGGUGGAGGUCAUCAGUCUACUUUUCAGCAAAACUUAGAAAGAGACGAUCAGCGAUACGGCGCUCGCACUAGUCUCGAGAACCCCUAUGCUUCGACUUUAUCAAGCUCCGGUAGCAGUGACGGCGAGAUCAUUUUCGAUAAUAACAUCGUCGGCAGACAGAACAACAUCAAAAAUGGGUCAAAGCACAAUGAUGUCGACGACCUCGCAUUGUCGGGGACUACGAGGAACGACGUGUACGCUUACAACUCUACUUCUAGUAGCUCCUGUUCUUCUAGUGCUUCUUCUUCUGCAGACUCUGGGUCAGGCUCGGGAAACAUCAAUGGUAGUGCUCCUCCUGCAGUCGAGUACUACACCAUUUCCAGCAAAGACUCACCAUCAAGGGAUAACACGAGUCUGCUGAAUGACUCGAUGCUGUCGGCGUCGGACAUAUCUGGAGAUUGGACCUCCUCGGUAGUACAGAACUCUGCUUCGCAUCAUUCGAGGAAUUGGAAUGAAGGCACGGGACGAGGAGGACGAGAUCAGGGAGGGACGAAUCAAAAUAGUGCUGCUGGAAAGUCAUCCUCGUCUGCACAAGACGAGCCAUUCUCACCUCCACCUCCUCCAAAAGCUUUUAACUAUCAGGACUUUUUGAACGAAGUGCUGAAGCACCCUAGUGCGGCUCCAGUUGUACAGCAGGUGAAGACGUUUGUUGACCAAGUAAAUGCACUGCCGAUGGACAAAAAGCAGAGCGCUGUGGAGUCGUUCCGAGUCUUUCUGCCGAAAAUGCACGAGCGGAUCCUUGAGGCGGAGACAUUUAAAGGGUAUUUUUUUUUGCUCUUCCAUUUGGUCGACAAGCAGCUUUUCAAUGUCGAAGCUGAUGAUAAUCUUUAGUGUUAACGUAGUUUCGAUAUCGUCGAUGAAGCUAUUCGCCCAAGAUGGCACAAAAAUAAGCACAUUGACUCAAAUCGAAAAAUAUCAGGGCCGACGAAGUCCUGAAGGCCCAAGCACUCGAGGGGCUGGAGAAGUUCGUUACGACGAAGAUCUACAAUGCAGUUUUUCGUUUAGAAGAGGUCGCGGACAGUCGCAGGGAUCGAAAUCUGUCUGCGAAGCUGACCUCGUUGAAGUGGGUCAAGCUGCAUACGCAUUUUGGUACUUUCUUAGACGGCUCUUCAGUGAUAGUGAUCUUAUCUGAACGGCGCUGCGAUGAAAUCCAACGACGCCCUGAGGCGGCGCCCCGUGCUCCUUUUAAAGGGGGACGGUUUUUUGAAAAAUGUGCCUGGCUACGUUUUUGCGGGGUUAUUUCCCGCAAGCCCUGCUGAAGAAUGGCAAACUUCGGCCGUGCAGGAGCUAGCGACGCAGCGAAAGCUGGGCGAGGCCCGGCACUGUGUCGGGCGCACGUGCAUGACACGGCGAUGGCGGACAGCAGGAGUGCCCAGGGUCUGACCUCGCGCGCGCGCAGAGAAAGCGCAGCGACUGCAGAAGCUGCUGCCAGUGCGUGUCUGUGUUGGCUCCUUGGAGAAGAUACGAAAAGGCACCGGGGAAGGCGUCUUGCUUAGUCCGCGGCUGCCUUGCUUGCGUCGUGGGUCUGGGUGCACCGCGCAAGGCCAGGGGCUGCUUGUCUCUCCAGGACGAGGGGCGGCGGGGCAGCGCGCUUGGAUCUGUCUGACGGAGCUGUCUCCCGGGGGCAGCGCUUGAGGGAAUUUCCCGCCAAUGGUAAGCUCCUUUGGCGCUUCUUCUUCUGUUGGUUCAAUUUUCUUUGUCACUUAGAUAGCUCACGCUCGUCAGCCACUCUGUUAGUGUUCCGCCAUUUCUUCGCUUCGUUCGGACUCUUUAAACUUUAUUCAAUAACGGGUUACGCGUACGCCUAGUAGCGAGCGAGCGAUCGAUGUAAAGGAUAUUUUCAUGCGGAAUGGUGCCGGAUUUCUUUUCUUCAAUUUUUUCAUUCGAAUAGAAUAGCUAUUGAUGUGACUUACUCGUCUUUCAGUCCAUCUGUUUCAGUUUCUGUUAUUGGGGACAUAAUGGUUGAAGACGCUGCAGCAGCAGCACACUUUUCGUCUCAUCUCUCCACAAACCAGAUGUUUCCCCAACCGUCGCCGAGCAUCCACAAUUCGACAUGGCCAAGGAUUUCUUCUCUAGGUUAAACGAAUACCGUGCUCCCCGUGAUAAGCUUCUGUGUAUCCAGAACGCCGCCAAGGUGUUGAUCACUUGUCUGGAGCAAGUAUCUGAAUCUGCACAGAAUUCACCAGCAAAAGGCGCGUCCAGUGAAGCAGCUGCAAAGAAAAAUAGUAGUGCAAACGAACUUGAUUCUUCUCCUAGUAGUAGUAGUCCCCUAAAAUCCAAGAAGUCUGCUGGCAUCGACGACUUGCUUCCAGUUUUGAUUUUCGUUUUAAUCCAAAGCAAUCCGCCAAAUCUACACUCCAAUCUCGAAUACAUCGAGAAUUUCCACCUGCAUCUCGUCGAAGAAGGGUUGUACUACUUCACUACUGUGCGAUCUGCGGUAGAGUUUCUGUGGACUAUGGACCAUAAAGCUCUAAGCAACGUCACGGAGGAAGAAUUCCAAUUCAAUUGUGACGAUAUUUUGACGCCUUUGGGCUUGGUGAUUGAAAAUCCGCCUAAUUCUCUAGGGAAUAAAGGUGGGAAAGGACGAGCAGGAGGACCAGGAAGCAAGAAUACUAGUUAUGAAACCAAACGCAAGCCACAAAAAAUUGUUUAUCGAAAUUACUACUACUACUACUACUAGUACUACUUCAUUCUCUUUGUUUCUAGUCGUAGUCCACCCAUCUUCCAUGAAAGCUUUUCACACUUCAUCUCUAAUAUCAAGGCAAAAACCAAAAUGCAACCGACGACGAAAUACAAGGUCAUCAGAGAUCAUCUUCAGCAACGACUCCAACCAGGAGUGGCUCAUCGAGUAAACCAAGUGGUGGCGUAGCAGCUAGAGCCGUCGAAGGGUUCAAGAGCUUUUUUACCGCUGGUAUAGGUUCUUCCAGUGAUCAACAUUCUUCGAAUGCAGAGGACAGGAAUGGGGAACAGAAUAACAGCACAGGAGUUACUAGUACCGGGUCAAAGCAGUCAACUACAACGUCUCGAAACAAUGGCGAAGGAGCUGGAUCACAGAAUUCCAAGAACACAAAUUCCAAUGCUUCUAAUGUAGCAGGUACUGCAACUUCGACAAGGUCUACAUCCUCUCCAAGUGCCACAACCCCAAAAGCAACAUCUUCUACUUCCUCUGGAGAACAAAGUCAAAGUCACGCAGGAGCAUCAAGACCACCACCUCACGAAGACUAUCUAACCAUACCUUUGAAUGAGGAAAGAAAGCUAAUGCUACGCGAGUUUGAGCCACAUUUUUUGGAGUCCAAGAUGGCGACUCUGACGGUCAGUGAAGUGCCACACUUAUUGUCGGACUACAAAGCGCUAAGUCGCUUUUUUCAGAUAUUGCAGAAGCAACAUUUGCAGGAUCAAAAGAAACUUGGGAGGGGAUGAAUCUUACAAGAAUGAAGUGAAUAGGGCAAUGACCGAAGUUCUUCUUGCAAAGUAACUUCUCAUCUAGAAUUUUUCAUCAGUAUAAAAUAACAUAUCAUCUACCCUUUUGCACUCUACAAAAAAUACAAAAUCAAGGGAGGGAUCAACAUCAAGAUCAACAAUCAAUGGUCAGCGUUUCAAUUUCAGAUGCAUAGUUGAUUCCAUAGCAUGGCGAAGACCUGCUCGCUAAGCAUAGCCAUAGUGCAAAAUCUACAAUUGAAAUCAAGCAGCAUAGUUUGAUUGAGAUUCAAC